CUAAUAGGUCGGCCGAGGCCAUGUUAAUGCGGGGCAGUCUCAUCUCUCCGCGGGGCMCGAAAGCGAGGUGUUGGAAAAGAGGAACAGAUAAAGGUGAGAGGAGAUGUACACAAGACGUUCGGAGGGGCUCGGGAUUACGGGAUGCAGCCGUAAAUGCCCCCGGAAACGAAGCUGUCCCAGACGAAUUCCUGAGUCACCGUGGAAAGUGGGCUGAGCCGCCAUUUUGAAGCUGGGCAAACCGAAGCAAGAAAUGCUGCCAUAUUGGAUAUUUGCCAGUCUUGUGCUGCUGGGGGGUCGGUUGGUGGGAGGGAGUGUCCAUACACAUUGGGAGAAAAUGAAGCCAGACUGGAUGCCAUGUCGCUGACGGGCUCUGAUUUCCUCCAUUUUUUGUGUCUGCGGAAAAACUUGAUUACGGAUGAAGCAUCUAUUGUUGCCAUUUUGGUCUCAGGAGACCCGAAUAAGGGAGGAGGAGUGUGCGGAGUGGAGGAGGGGCAACUACACGGAAGUGACGCAGCGCCGCCAUGCCUUUUGAGGGCGGCGACGGCGCCGGGCCGGCCAUGCUGGCUACGGGCACGUGAGUGGAGGCGGCGUUGUGAACCGCGGGCGCUGAUGGCGUCAGGGCGGCCGGAGGAGCUGUGGGAGGCUGUGGUGGGGGCCGCCGAGCGCUUCCGGGCCCGGACAGGCACAGAGCUGGUGCUGCUGACGGCUGCGCCACCACCACGCCCGGGGCCCUGUGCCUAUGCAGCCCAUGGCCGUGGGGCCCUGGCUGAGGCUGCCCGGCGCUGCCUCCAUGACAUUGCCCAAGCUCAUAGGGCAGCUGCUGCUGCCCGGCCCCCCGGGCCCCCACCAGAACCACAGCCGCCCAGCCCUGCCCCAAGCCCACCCCAGGCUGCCCUGGCCAGGGAGGAUGAGGAGGACGAGGAGGAUGAACCAACGGAGACAGAGACCUCCGGGGAGCGGCUGGGUGGCAGCGAUAACGGAGGGCUCUUUGUGAUGGAUGAGGAUGCAACCCUCCAGGACUUGCCCCCCUUCUGCGAGUCAGACCCUGAGAGCACAGAUGAUGGCAGCCUGAGUGAGGAGACCCCAGCUGGCCCCCCAGCCUACUCCAUGCCCCCAGCCUCGGCGCUGCCCACACAGCAGUAUGCCCGGUCUCUGCCAGUGUCGGUGCCUGUCUGGGCCUUCAAGGAGAAGAGGACAGAGGCCCGGUCAUCAGAUGAGGAGAACGGGCCGCCCUCCUCGCCGGACCUCGACCGCAUCGCGGCGAGCAUGCGCGCUUUGGUUCUGCGGGAGGCUGAGGACACCCAGGUCUUCGGGGAUUUGCCACGACCUCGGCUCAACACCAGCGACUUCCAAAAGCUGAAGCGGAAAUACUGAGGCCCACAAAGCUUCCCGGGCCGCGUCCGCCCCGCCCACACUACACCCCCGCCGCGCCCCCAGGGCUGGCCAAUCUCAGCCGGAGCCGGGACAGUCCYCACGAAUCGGCGGUCCCGGGACUGGCCCGCCCUGCACUUCCCGCCGCCCUUCCAGCCCUCGAUCUCCCGCCCAGGAGUGCGAUCCGGCCACUCYUCGCGUGGGGUCUGUCGCCCAUUUUUCUGCCCAGCGUCAGACUCUGAUUGCUUCGGCCGCCGUCGGGCCAGGCCGGUCCCRAACCUCCCGGGGUCAGCUCGGCCUCAGCGAAGGUCCCUGAAGGAGCACUGCCAAGCCCAGGAGUGGGUGGUGGCCCUGACUCGAGCCUGGUGACUGGGCAGCUCUGUGAUUGGCUGGAGUCUCCCGAGGCCCGCCCGCCCGCCCUUCCAGAAUUGUCCCACCUCACUGGCUCCGCGGGGACAGCGGCCAAGCCUCCGGCGCCCACAACUGCGGCUUCCAGUUUAUGGCUUUACACUACUGGGCUGGGGUCUUUUUUUGCCCCUAGUCCUGACAGUUGUGACCCUGGCCACCUCAGGGAUGGCCCAGUCCCGUGUCUGCGUCUGACACCCCACCUCAUUGAUU